UUACUAUUAUCACUAUUUGUUUAAUUAUUAUAACGCGUAGAGUGAGACCAGAGUGUACAAUAUAAGCCAAAAAAACAUAACAAAAUGAAAACAUAGUAACAUUAGCUUAAACAAAAACACCAAAACCAGUUUCAAUGGCUUCUUCUAGGAAGAGUUUUCUUUCAAGAUCAAGUUACAUUUUUCCAGAGAUAGAGACAAGUUUCAAUACAAAUUCAUCAGGAGCAAGUGAGUUCGAGUUCGAUGAAGCCGAUGUAUGGAACAUGUCAUAUUCAAAUUCAAACAACGUGACAGAAUCAAAAAAGUGUGUGCUACCAUGUUUGAAGAAAGUUUCGAGAAAAAUGGAAUCCAGUAAGAGAGUUAACCCUAUAGGUUCAUCUUCUUUACCGAUGAAUAUACCGGAUUGGUCAAAGAUUUUGAAGGAUGAAUACAAGAAGAAGAACAAAGAGAGUAGUGAUGAUGAUGAAGAUGGAGAUGGUUAUGAUGGAGAAACUCGUUUACCUCCUCAUGAGUAUCUUGCUAGAACUAGAGGAGCUUCUCUUUCUGUUCAUGAAGGGAAAGGAAGGACUUUGAAAGGUAGGGAUUUGCGUAGUGUUAGGAAUGCUAUUUGGAAGAAAGUUGGUUUUGAAGAUUAAUCAAAACUUCAACUGCCAGAAGCCGAAGCCAAUAUUGCUAGGUUAGACAUCAUCAUCAGAGUUCGAACAAACUCUAACACUCACACUCGGAGUUGUGUGUAUGAAUUUCUAGUGGUUAUUAUCGUGUUAUUAUCUGCAUAAAAAAUAGUCAUGAUCUUACUUUCAUUUUGAGUGUCUAAGUGUUUUUUUUAACUUUUAGGAUUUGGAUCACUCAUCAUGCUUGUAUAUUGUAAUUAACUGUAUUAUUCUCUAUAAUGCAUAAUUAAGUAUGUUUAAUCUUUUGUGGCAAUGUUCA